AUGGACGUAGUGCCUGAAGAGUCCAAUGAUGACGAAGAGUCGGCAGUGUCCACGGACGAGCAGCCAUCCUCCUCAGACAAGCGUAGCUCGAGCGGUCCCGAGGAGAUUGCCAAGAGAGAGGAUCAGAUGGUGAUGUACUCCAAGUUCCUGGUGAUGGGAGUCAUCAUCGUGGUGGCUGCCACCAUCGGGGGGCUCACUUAUAUGUUUGUCCGAGGUCAGGAGCAGAAAGACUACGAGAAGCAGUACGAGAACGUGGUCAAUGAAAUCAUCUCCACCUCCCAGCUACGUGCGCGUACCAUCUUCGAUAACCUCGAAAGUCUUGCAGCCAGUUUGACCACGGAAGCCAUGGACUUGAACAUGACGUGGCCCUUUGUGGUGUUCCCCAACUUUCAAAUCCAAGGCAUGAUGUCGAACGAAAUCACCGGUGCCAGUGUGGUGAACAUCAACCCCAUUGUGCCCCACGAGAUCCGUGCGGACUGGGAAGCUUUCUCUGUCGCCAACUACGAGCCCUGGUUCAAGGCGGGUCACGACUAUGACAAGUAUGCAAGCAAGAAGCUCUAUGUCCACGAAAAGUUGAACCAGACCAUGCCCGAGUCCAUGUCCAGAAUCCCCAGGGUUCACUGGAAUGAAUCUGGUAUCUUCCCCAACAUCACUUCCUACGAAAUCACCGACCGUGGUUGGAACCCUGUAAGGGACUGGGACACGGACUUUUAUUACCCCUCCUGGCAGAGAGCCCCAGUGGAGGACUUCAACCCUACCGUCAACGUCAAUUGGGGGCACGUUAGAGGAUUCGAGCGUUUCAUGAAGGGUAUGAUCCGCUACGACCAGCCUGUCCUGACUCGAGUGUCGGAUGCCAACUACCUUUCCCUCAACUACGAUGAUCGCUUCGAGUACCUGGAACGCGCUCGCGCUCCUCACAGCUACCUUUACGUUCCCAUCUAUGAUUCUCACGUUCAAAACCGCUCCAUUGUGGCCGUUUUGAGUGCCUUUCUUCAGUGGGAAAACUUCUUCAUCAAUGUGCUUCCCGAGUCCGAGAGCGGUAUUCUUCUUGUCAUUGAUGGUACUUGUGGCGCGCAACGGUACUCGUAUCGACUUGACGGAAAAGAGGCUAUUUUUCUCAACGCGAGCGAUAUGCAUGACCGACAGUUUGAAGACAUGAAACGAGUCUUUGAGUUUGCGCCCUUUGCUAUGCUCAAGAAUGAGACUGAUCAGCAACUCUUCUGCCAGUACUCGGCUCGCAUCUACCCCUCCGAAGAGUGGCAAAGCGACUUCUUCACGGCGCAACCAUACGCCUAUGCAUUUGCUGUUGUGGGAUGCUUCGCCCUCACGACGCUGGUCUUUAUCAUCUACGACAUUCUCGUUCAGCGUCGUCAAAAGAAGGUGAUGGAAACUGCAACCAAGACCAAUGCUAUUGUUACAAGUCUAUUCCCCAGCAAUGUGAGGUCGCGUCUCAUGGAAGAACUUGCUCCAGCACCCGAAGAGAAGGCCAAGAAUGCGUUUUUGAACACUGGCAGCCGACUGAUGGCCGGCAACAAUGCCCUCGCUGCUGUGGAUGAGAGCGGUGUGGCUACCAGCGAAACCAUUUUCGGCAGCAAACCAAUUGCGGAUCUCUUUCCUGCCACGACUAUCAUGUUCGGAGACAUGGUUGGCUUCACUGCAUGGUCAAGUGCUCGAGAGCCCUCGCAAGUGUUCACGCUGCUGGAGACCAUCUACUACUCCUUUGAUUCUAUUGCGAAGCGCAGGCGGGUGUUCAAAGUCGAGACAAUCGGUGAUUGCUACGUCGCAGUUGCUGGGCUGCCCAUGCCUCGAAAGGAUCAUGCAACUGUUAUGGCACGAUUUGCUCAUGACUGCCUUGAAAAGAUGAGUGAGCUUUGUCACGACUUGGAAAGUACCUUUGGCCCCGAUACGGCAGAUCUUCGCAUGCGUAUUGGAUUGAAUUCCGGUCCAGUGACAGCAGGAGUGCUUCGCGGAGAAAAGGGGCGCUUCCAGCUCUUUGGAGAUACCAUGAACAUGGCCUCGAGAAUGGAAAGCACCGGAGAGAAAAACAGAAUCCAAGUUUCUGCGGACACAGCAGCACUUAUCAAGGCUGCCGGCAAAGGAAAAUGGCUAAGUCCACGAACAGAAAGAGCCCAAGUGAAGGGUAAAGGGGUGAUGCAAACUUACUGGCUGAGGAUCUUUGCCGAGUCAUCAAGUGGUGCCAGCUCCAUGGGGACGGCGAUGAGCGAGUUUGGAGGCGACGAUGCGGUGGCUGGUCUUGUUGGGAACUUGGCUCCAUCCAUGGACCCAUCGAAGCAGCAAGAAGUGGAAGAGGCCAAGCUCAAUCGUUUGGUGAGUUGGAACGUUGACAUCUUGAGCAAGGUUCUCAAACAGAUUAUGGCCCGUAGGAAGGCCAACCCUCCGAAAUUGCCAGCCAAGCCAGAGAAAACCAACGUUAACAACAAGAAAGGUCCCAUGCUGGACGAGGUCGUUGAUGUAGUGAAUCUCCCUCAGUUUGACUCCAAGAACUACCGAAACUAUGUCGACCCUGCUACCGUCCAACUAUCGACCGAAGUCCAGGACCAGCUUGCCCUAUUUGUCAGAAAGGUCGCAAGGCUCUACAGAAAUAAUGACUUUCACAGCUUCGAGCACGCGUCGCACGUCACAAUGUCAGUCACCAAGCUUCUCUCUCGAAUUAUCAACCCACAUGAAGUGCGCGUUCGCAAGGGAGGGUCACUUGGGGUUGCUGAGACCUCCACGACCACACUUUUGUUCGCUUGUGUCAUCAGUGCCCUCAUCCACGAUGCUGAUCACCCAGGCGUGUCAAACUCAGUGUUGGUGAAAGAAAAGAGCCCUCUUGCAAUCAAGUACAACGACAAGAGUGUGGCCGAACAGAACAGCGUGAAUUUGGCCUGGGAACUGCUGAUGAAGCCAGAGUUUGGAGACUUGCAAGCUUGCAUCUAUGCCAAUGAAGAAGAGUUCCUCCGUUUUCGACAG